AUGAAGUUGCUAUCUACAAAAGCCACAUGCAACUCUCAUGGCCAAGAUUCAUCCUAUUUCCUAGGAUGGCAAGAAUAUGAAAAGAACCCUUAUGAUCAAGUUCAAAAUCCCAAAGGAAUUAUUCAGAUGGGUCUCGCCGAAAAUCAGCUGUCUUUUGAUCUAUUAGAAUCAUGGCUUGCUAAGAAUCAAGAUGUAGCAGGAUUCAAACGUGAUGGAAAAUCAAUAUUCCGAGAACUUGCUCUCUUCCAAGACUACCAUGGUCUACCAUCUUUCAAGAAAGCAUUGGUUGAUUUCAUGGCUGAGAUUAGAGGAAACAAAGUCACUUUUGAUCCAAACCACAUUGUUCUAACAGCUGGUGCCACUUCCGCUAAUGAAACACUCAUGUUUUGUCUUGCUGAAAAAGGAGAAGCCUUUCUUCUUCCCACUCCUUAUUAUCCAGGAUUUGAUAGAGACUUGAAGUGGAGAACUGGGGUGGAGAUAGUUCCAAUACAAUGCACAAGCUCAAACAAUUUCCAAAUUACAGAAUCUGCUUUACAACAAGCUCAUGAAGAAGCAAAGAAGAAGAACCUACGAGUCAAAGGUGUCUUAGUCACAAAUCCAUCAAAUCCACUAGGCACUACAAUGUCAAAGACUGAAUUAAACCUUCUCAUUGACUUCAUCAAAGACAAAAACAUGCAUUUAAUAAGCGACGAAAUUUACUCAGGUACAGUUUUCACUUCUCCAAACUUCGUCAGCGUCAUGGAAAUCCUUAAAGAAAGAAACGAUAAGGAUUUCCUCGACGCCAACGUAGCAGAAAGAGUUCACAUCGUUUAUAGUCUCUCUAAAGAUCUCGGUCUACCAGGCUUCCGCGUUGGGGCUAUCUAUUCCGACAACGAUACCGUCGUUGCAGCCGCAACGAAAAUGUCUAGCUUUGGUUUGGUUUCAUCACAAACUCAAUACCUUCUCUCAGCUAUGCUAGGUGACAAAAAGUUCACUAAAAACUACUUAUCUGAGAACCAAAAGAGGCUUAAAAAACGACAAAAAAUGCUCGUUAAUGGAUUACAAAAGGCAAGCAUUAGUUGUCUCAAAACAAACAACGCUGGUUUGUUUUGUUGGGUUGAUAUGAGAAAUCUUCUAAGUUCAAACACAUUUGAAGCUGAAAUGGAUUUAUGGAAGAAGAUAUUAUACGAAGUUGGGUUGAACAUUUCACCUGGUUCAUCAUGUCAUUGCACUGAACCAGGGUGGUUUCGUGUUUGUUUUGCUAACAUGUCGGAAGAUACAUUAAACCUAGCUAUGAAAAGGUUAAAGGACUUUGUCUCAAACACCAAUGGUGAAGAGUGUAGUAGUGAUAACAAGAGAACUAGAAGUACCCAAGCUUCUAGAAGUUUUACAAGAAAAUCGAUUUCGAAUUGGGUUUUUAGGUUAUCUUCUCGUGAUCAUCAUGAACAAGAAGAACGAUAA